AUAUUUGUAAGUGAACAAGUUGGAUCACCAAUAAAAUUAUAUCGUGAAUUAAGAGACCGCUUAAACGGAGGAAUGUUAUGCGCUAUGGAGCAAGGUGACAUAAGCUAUAGCCAUGAUGCUAACGUAAGAAAACCAAACAAAGAAUUUACUAUUGCUCCCAAACACAGCAUUAUUCAUGAGAUAAAAGCUGCAUG